CUCCCAUUUCUUCACACAAGUCUCUCUCAAGAAGCUUUCAUCAUCAUCUCUCUUUGGUUAAAUUGUCACUCUCAAAUCUCAAUUGGGGUUUUGGCACUCUCCUAUGUUCUUGCCAUUAUGCUCCUCUAGGGUUUGCUUUUUUUUUUUUUUGGUUCCUUUUGGUGCAAAUUCCAAAUCAAGGAAGAUUAAGAUAAAAGAUUUAAGAUAUGUUUAUGUUCAAUAGUAGUAACCAUGGCCACAACCCCAUCUCUUUCCCGGACCAUUCAAAUUUCCACUUUCCUUCUCCUUUUGAUGACACUCCCGGCCUCAUUCUUCAACAAGAAGACAUUUUUCUUCAUCACCCAUCAAAUUUCACCAAUGUUUCUACAGACCAUGUGAUGAGCAAUAUGGCCGAGCAGCAGCAGAGCCAAAGAAAAAGAGCCUCAUCAAAGAGAGACAGGCACAGCAAAAUCAACACCCUUAGAGGGCCGAGGGACCGCCGAAUGCGGCUGUCUCUCCCUGUGGCUAGACAAUUUUUUGGUCUUCAAGACAUGCUUGGAGUUGACAAGGCCAGCAAAACCGUGGAGUGGCUGCUGUUCCAGUCUAGACAUGCUAUCAAGAAGCUAUCGAGGGACAACAGCCCCUCGUCGGUCUCCGACGGAGAGGUGGUGUCGGGAAUUGACGAGACUGCCGCUGUUGUCGUCGUCGACGACAAUAACAAGAAAGAGGGACGAAAAGCAAUGGCGAAAGAGAAGAGAGGGAGAGCUGCCAGGAAGACUGCAUUGUUCCACCCUCGGGCGCGAGAGUGUCGAGAGAAGGCGAGAGCGAGGGCGAGGGCGAGAACGAGGGAAAAGCAGCUGCAAAUUAGAGAGAAAUUGUUGUCAGAAGGAAAUCCAAUUGAGGAAAUUGAAGGAAGAAAACAAGAUGUAAGCAAAAUAAGCUCAUCAGGUAGUGAGGAAUCUGCAGGCACUCAUCAGCAGAUUGAUAAUCAGCAAUUAAGGAGAAGAGAUGAAGGAAUAAUCAUAGAUGAUGAUCCUGAUCAUGAUUGUUUGAUGAUGAUGGGGAGGCCGUGGAGCCCAUCAUCGAACUCCAUUAUCUACAAUUCUCUUCACAACAACAAUGGAAGUCCCCAAGAACAUCCAUUUGGAGACUUCCAAUUCAUUGGAAAGCCAUGGGAGGCCUACAACAAUCAUGGCAUAUGUUAAUUUUCCUACUGAUCCGGCCAACUCCCACUUUUCAGAUGAUCAAUUCAAUACUUGAGAGUUUGUCCAAUGGUAAAAAUUAUUACUCUCAUUAUAUAUGCUUUGUGUUUGCCCCUAUUUCUGAUCUCUUCUAUUUGGAGUGUAUAAUUACACAAAAACAUCUUCAUUUUGUUAAUAGCAUUAAUUUCUUUUCUACAAUCUAACUUUUUUCUAGCUCCAAGAUAGAGAGGUAAAUACAAUCUCACAAUAGUGAGAAAAUAGUA